AGAUGAAGUUAUGUUUGACUCCAUGACUCACAACACAAAUAUAAAAUCUCAAAUUAAACAAUCACAGGAAGAUAUCUCAACUCAGGAAAUGGACGUGAUGAACAGCUCUGAAGAGCAGCAAAAUCUGAAAAAGCAUUGCCAACUAACAUUGGAAAAUGAUCAAAGUCCUGAUUCUCCAAAAAACAAUUUGAACAUCUGCUAUACUAAAGAUACUCGGAAAGAUUUCCAGGAUUUCAUUGUGGAUAUGGCUUCAUGGGGUUCACCUGAGAUUGUGAGGAAGGAAGAUACAAGCGUGGAACUUGAACCAGUGCUUCAUCUGACACCUUUUUCAGAAGCUGAAAGCACAGAUUUUCAAGUGGUGCACGUUAGGUCAUCCCUUCAAGGAGAUAAUUCUCUUUUGAUGGGAUUUUCUAACCUGUAUGAAAAUGGCAGUGAAGAAGCAGUGGUGGAAGCAGAUGUAAAAUCUCCAGUUUUCUCUGAAAGUACCUAUUCUGUUGACGACGAUGAACACGUUACCGAGAAAAAGAUUUUGCAGAUGAGAGAAGCGGAUAAUCUAACCCCAUCUGAUUUGCAAGAUGACAUAAGAUCAAGAGUAUCUGCCACAGAUGUGAUGAGCAAUGAAUAUGGCAGCAGUACCAGCUCAAAUUUGCUUAAAUAGUGGAAAAUUACACAC